CUCUUUCUCCCAUAACAUUCCUCACUACUCAAAUCCAACUCUCACUCUCCCCCAGAAACUCCAUUGAAUAGCUCAGACUGAUUCCGCCUCACUGCCCCCAAUCGGAAAAUGGCAAAGCCGUCGUCGUCGUCCUCCUCGACGGCGUCGUUUCCGCCUCUCAAGCCCGACGACUACUCCCACAGCCGCGUCCACUACGCCGUCGUUUUGGCAGACCACACCACUCUCUCCCGAAUCGUCUCCACGCUCCCCCGCCUCGCCGAUCCGACUCAGAUCCACACCGAGUCCGACUCGCUCUCCCAGGAGCGUGUCGCUGAUAAGAUCUCCGCCGUGCUCGACCGCCGCGACGUCCCUCACAGAGAAACCCCUCUCCAUCUUGCUGUCCGGUUAAACGACGCCGUUUCGGCCAAAAUCCUCGCCUCCGCCGGCGCCGACGUGUCGCUGCAGAACGCCGCCGGGUGGAACCCCUUGCAGGAGGCUCUCUGCCGCCGGAGCUCCGAGAUCGCCUUGAUCUUGCUCAAGCUCCACCACCGCUCCGCCUGGGCCAAGUGGCGCCGCCGCCUGCCACGUGUCAUCGCUGUGCUGCGGAGAAUGCGGGACUUCUACAUGGAGAUCUCGUUCCACUUCGAGAGCUCCGUCAUUCCGUUCGUCGGGAAAAUCGCUCCGUCCGACACGUACAAGAUCUGGAAGCGAGACGGAAACCUACGCGCCGACACUUCGUUGGCCGGGUUCGACGGCCUGAAGAUCCAGCGCGCCGAUCAGAGCUUCCUCUUCCUCGGCGACGGCGACCAGACUCACGACGUUCCGCCGGGUUCACUGCUCGUCCUCAACCGCGACGACCGGAAAAUCUUCGACGCCUUUGAGAACGCCGGGUCGCCGAUGACCGAGUCCGACAUCGCCGGAUUCUGCUCCCAGACGAGCGUCUACCGCCCCGGCAUGGACGUCACCAGAGCCGAGCUCGUCGGCCGGACCAAUUGGCGACGGCAGGAGAAGACCGAAUCCGUCGGAGAGUGGAAGGCCAGAGUCUUCGAAAUGCACAACGUCGUCUUCAGCUUCCGGUCCCGGAAAGUCGCCAAUCCGGAUAAUGCUGACGUGGCGGCGGGAAGCGAGCAGGUCCUCCCUCUAGAGCUAGACGAAGACGACGACGGUUUUUUAGUGGCGGAGAAUCCGAGCAUGUUCGGAAUCCCCGACGGCCGGAGGCACAGUAGCUUCAUCAGAGAGGACCGGGAGUUCGUGGCAUUGGGGAGAAAAAGCGUCGACGUGACGUUUCAGCCGCCGCGGAGGUCCAUGGCGGCGACCGUUACGGCGGCGCCGGUCCAGACCAAAGAGAAAGAGUACGUCAAGAGCCUGAGACCCUCCGUUUGGCUGACGGACCAUUUUCCGUUGAAGACGGAGGAGCUGCUGCCGUUACUGGAUAUUCUGGCGAGUAAAGUGAAGGCGGUUAGGAGAAUGAGGGAGCUGCUCACUACCAAGUUCCCGCCAGGGACGUUUCCGGUGAAGCUGGCGAUACCGGUGGUGCCCACAGUGAGAGUGGUGAUAACAUUCACCAAGUUCGUUGAGCUACAGCCAACGGAGCAGUUCUUCACUCCAAUGUCGAGCCCUAGGCAGUUGAUAAGGGGCCAACAGCAAGAGGAGGAGCACAGGAGCAAGACGGCAACGACGACGCAGAAGCCUUCUGGGUCGUCGUGGUUGAGGCGGAACAGCAGCCAGUCCGCAUCGGCCACGAGCAAGCAGCAACACCAGCAUUCGAGUGCGGUGGGGUGGCAGGAGCCGGAGCCUUUUGCGAUUCCUAGCGGUUAUACGUGGACUAGUAUCGAUGACAAGUCUCGGAAGAUGAGGAAAUCGAAAUCGAUUAGGAAAUCUAAGUGACAUUAGUUUGAUCAAUUAAGAGAAGCAAAAGGGAAUCGGUAGAUAGGUUGGUGAGUUGGGUGUGUUAUUGCUGAAGUUGCAUAUAGGUGAUUGUAGAUAUACCAUCAUGUAACUUCGGUCAUGUUCCUGUUUACCUUGGGAGUUAAAAUUAUAUUGGUAAUCUAUAGAGUUGCGGCAACCUUUUUACCUCCAAUGAUGUCCUGUUUAUUUUCUAACCGUUCAUGCUUU